AUUCGCAAGGAAAUUGCCGUCAUGAAGCGAUGCAGGCACCCCCAUGUCGUGAGGCUCAUCGAGGUCAUAGACGAUAAACUGUAUAAAAAGAUUUAUAUGAUUAUGGAGUAUCUCGGCGGUGGCGAAAUUAAGUGGCGAGAUCAAGACAACAACCCUAUCUUACGAGUAGAGCAAGCGCGGAGAAUCUGUCGCGACGUUAUUCUCGGGCUUGAAUAUCUGCACAAACAAGACAUCAUCCACCGCGACAUCAAGCCCGCAAACCUCAUGUGGACGUCGGACCGCCGAUCCGUCAAGAUCACCGACUUUGGCGUCGCGCACCUGUCCGGGCGCGACCCAGAGGAGAUCCUGCUCUUCGACAAGGCCGAGCUCGCCAAGACCGCGGGCACCCCCGCCUUCCUCGCUCCCGAGGUCGUCUGGGAAUUCGGGAACGUGCCCGCGUCAUCGACGCCAGCAUCUCCCGCGACCCCGCCCGAAAACGGUUCCGUGCCCAGUAUCACCAAGUCUAUCGACUUGUGGGCGUUUGGAGUCACGCUCUAUAGCUUGCUCUUUGGCCGUACGCCGUUCGUCGCGGAAGGCAACCACGAGUUCAUGCUCUACCAUGUCAUCUGC